CAAUGCUAGAGCCGUCAGUGUAGGGGGCAUUGGAGGGCGCUUGCUACAGUAAAUGGUGGUGCAUUGAGGGCUCUUGGAUGAGCAGAAAUCGUAGUGUGGCUUUCGUUGAAAGCUUCAAAAAGCUGUAGCCCUUGACAGCCCUUCGAAUGGGCGCUGGCUUUAACAUCACGCCAUUAGUUUCAUUUAAAAGCAGGGGCCACUGCUGAUUGAUCGCUGGAUCAUAGCUAGCUGCUUUGGACCAAAGCGUCGGAUAGCUGUUCAAGCCCCGUGCCACCAUGCAGAGUGCAUCUGCUUCAGGUGCACAGCCUGCGGCCAAUGGUCAGCAACAGAAUCAGUCGGCACGAGCUGCGAAAGCUGCACCUUCUGCAGGAAAAUCGGUGGCCCCUCCGCAGAAGCGAGCCAGGUUGAAUGGCUUUGCUGGGGAGAAGUCCAAUUUCGGGUUGGGGUCCGGCACCCUGGCGGCACCGAACUUACCCAUGGUUCCAAGCCUGGGGCCUCAUGUCCAGGUGCAGAUAGACAUGGCAGACAAGUUUCACAAGCAGCUUGUGCUGGCGCUACAGAGUGGACUCAAGUCUGAGGUCGCUUGGGCCCUCAACUCCUUGACUGUUCUAUCCUUCCGCGACAAGGACGACUUCCGCAAGACAACCACACCACUGGCUAAGAUACCGGGCACCCUAGAUGCGCUGAUCCAAGUGGUCGACGAAUGGCGUGACAUCGCCUACCCCCGAGACUGCGCCCGCGCCGCGCGCCUGCGCCUGCUGGGCCUCGGCCACGACUUCACCGGCUUCGGCUCCACGGAAGGCCCCGUUGACCCCCUCGAUCCUCUCUGGCACCUUCGAGCGGCCCCCGACACUUUACAUCCCCCCCAAAACGAGGCCCGCAAACGCUCCCACCACGAGGCAAGCCCUCCCAGCACGAGCGGACGGUACGGCACACGGGCCACUCAGGGCGAGACACCGGGCCGGGGCCGACCGCGGGAGUCCAGUCCGUUGGGAAAGAGAGGGGGAGCAAAGGGGAAAAAGAGUGCAAAAGCGGGGAAGCAUGAAGCUGGGGCGAAGGCCGAGGAGGAGUGGUGGUGGGAUGAGGAGGGGCUGUUUAAUCUGGAUGAGGAGGGCAGGGAGGAACGGCAGCAGUGGGCGGUGGGAGCGUCAAAUGUAAUCAGGAACAUGUCUUUCAUGCCGGAGAACGAAGGGACGAUGGCAGCCGCCAAGCGGCUCAUCGAGUCGCUAGUGGAGUGGGUCGAGGACCAUGAAACAGAAGACGACGAGCUUGUUGGGAACGCUCUGGAUACGCUGGUCAACCUCGCGCCUUUGAUAAACCUUAAAAACUUUCAUAAGGGGACAGAGCCGCACAACAAGCACCACUUUGGCGUCCGGCGGAUCCUGGACGCCCUCUACGCGCUGCUCCGGUCGGAGAGCAAAAGCCUCAGCAUCGGCGCCGCGGAGGCGUUCGGACGGCUGGUCAUCAAAGACGAGAACGAGAACCACCUCGUGGCGUACGGGCAAAAGAUCUACCCCCGAUUAGUCGAGAUGAUGGGCCUGGAAGAUCCGGACGUUCGGGCUGCUGCCGUCGCAGUCAUUUACAACUACGUCGAAGUGGACGUCGAUGCUCGAGAGAGGAUCGCCAGCGAAAAGUGGGCGUUGCACCGGCUGAUGUCCUUCAUGACUCAGCCACACCAUUCGCUGGAGGUCAGCCGAAAAGCCGCUCUCUCGUUGGAAAGUCUGUCACGAGAUCCCCGAAACCGAGUCAGGAUGCUUCAAUACGAAGCGCAGAUUGCAAAUAUUGCGAUGGGCGAUACCCGCCUUUCAGAUGUCGCGGCUAAGAUUCUGUUUGAUCUGACUUCGGACGUGAGUGCCCAAAGAGCUCCUAUACAGAGCAUUUGGGGCAACCUUUAGCGCGUCGAAUACUCAUACGCUAACAAGGACUGAAAGCGCUGUCAAAUCACUCAAGCAAAAUGUAAGUUGACGAAGCCGCAUGCCUUUUUUUUGGAAGCAGGCUCGCUUGACCAACUUCGUUUGAGUCAGGACUGUCGAUUGACAACGAUCGUCCUCAUGCAAUAUCAUUGAUAAAUCCAGGGUGGAAAAGCGCAAGCAGAAGAGGCCAUGCACGCUAACGGGUACGACCUGAACGACAUCGCCC